AUAAAAAAGUAGUGGCUAUUUUAUUUGUGAAAACUAAAAUUUUAAAAUUAACAGUUAAUUUUAAAAAUAUAGAUGGCAUGAUAUAGAUCUCGAAAUACUUACCUAACUGUCAUAAGUGUUUUUUGAUAGUUAAGAAUGUGUUAUUUAACUUGAGAAGAAAUAAAAUUUAGUAGUUUUAUUACCGCUCUCUAUGUUUUUAAGUGCUGCUUGCAUCACUGCAUAACAUUAAAAUAGAGAAUUUAAAAAGAAUCAAUAAUUAAUUGCUAAAGUCAUAGGUCUUAAUCCUUUUUGCUUUCCUAAAGUGGUUUGACCAACUACUAGUGUGUAUUCCUGACUUAGUAAAAAUACCAUUAUAGGAGUAUCAUGUCUUCUGAAACUUCUGUGAAUAAUUUUCCUGUAGCCAGUAACUGUUCAGUUGCAACUAGUGCAGAUUCUUAUUCUUGUAAUGUAUGUAACAAGAGUUUUUCUAAAAACUCUCUUCUAAGGAAACACAAAAUCAUUCAUACUGGCAAGAGACCUUAUUCUUGCAAUGUAUGUAGUAAGAGUUUUCUGCGACGAUAUAAUUUAAUUGCUCAUAUUCUUGUUCAUACCGGUGAAAAACUUUAUUCUUGUAAUAUUUGUAGCAAGAGUUUUUCACAAAAAGGUCACCUAACUCUUCAUAAUUUUGUCCACACUGGCAACAAACCUUAUUCCUGUCCUAUAUGUCUCAAGAGUUUUGUUCAAAAAAGUAAUUUGAAAAGACAUCAAAUCUCUCAUACUGGUGAAAAACAUUCUUGCACUGUUUGUGAUAAAGUAUUUUCUACACCUAGCUUCUUAACUCAACACAGUCUUAUCCAUUCUAGCGAAAAGCCUUUCUCUUGUAGUAUAUGCAGUAAGAGUUUUUCACAAAAGUCUCUUUUAGCUAGACACCAAUCUGUUCAUAAUAGCGAAAAACCUUUCCUGUGUGUUAUAUGCAAUAAGAGUUUUUCUCGAAAAUGUUAUUUGCGUACACACUACCUUGUUCAUACUGGCGAAAAACCUUAUGCUUGUGUUAAAUGCAAUAAGAGUUUUUCCCGAAAAUGUUAUUUAAAUGCUCACCUUGCAAUCCAUACUGGUAAGAAACCACAUUUUUGCAAUGAAUGUAAUAAGAAUUUUCAAAGAAAAGCUGAUUUAAUGCGGCACAAAUUGAAACAUACUGGUGAAAAGCCUUAUUCUUGUAAUAUGUGUAAUAAGAGUUUUUUAAGAAAUACUGAUUUAACUAAGCACAAAUGGGUCCAUACUAGUGAAAAACCUCAUUCGUGUAAUAUGUGUAAUAAGAGUUUUUCAAGAAAUAGUGAUUUAGUUAAACACAAAUUGAAGCAUAUUGGCUAAAAAAUUUUAAAAUAAAUUUUAAAAUAACUAAAGCAAUAGUUAUUUUAGUAAAAAUAAGGUGAUCCAUACUGACUAAAAACUAAAUAUUUUUGUAGUAUUGUGUCAAAAAAGGUAAAGUGGUCAAACAUAAAAUUAAAAACUAGAUCUUUUAGUCUAUUAUGGAGUUUAAAGACAGUUUUUUUGUUCUAGCAUUUCUAUGAUCUAUAUGAAAUAUACAAAAAUAUGAAGAAUUUAACAUUUCAGUCUAGAUCAGAGUUGGCAAGGUUUUGGACAGAAUGGAUUAAUCCACGGUUUAAACCAGGGUUUAAAGCAUCCUGUCCAAAACCUUUUUAUUAAAAUUAUGUCACAGUUUAAAAAAAAAAUAGUGGGGAAAAUAAAAGGUUUAUUUUUGAACAAGAAACAAAAUGAAAACAAGUUUUUGUAUUAUUAAAAAAAGUUUAUGAUUAUUUUUAAUAUUGCAUUAUUUAUCCUUAUGCAAAAACAUAAUUUAUCAGUAUUAAAAGAAUAUUUAUUCAUAUUUAAAGGAUAAGGUAUUCAAUUUUGUAGUUCAAUGAAAUGUGGAGCUUCAAAACUUAUAAAUAUUUUCCUAUUAUAUUGUAUGUAUAUUAUGUUAUUUUCCUUUAAUAAGUUAUAGCAAAUUGUAUAAAAAAUAUAAAAUAUUUAUUAAUAUAUGCAAUUAUUAUGUGUACAAAGGUUACACCUAUAAAAUUUUUACCUUUUACCAAAGUUGAAGGUUUUGGACACUUUAAGACAGUUUUAGUCAGUUUAGGACAAUUUUAGUCAGUUUAAGACAGUAGGACCAACGUGUCCUGCUUAAAAUGAGUUUAGGACGUCCGAAAUCCCAACCCUAGUCUAAAUAAAUAGCUUUCUUCUGUUUUUCCAUGUAACUACAGUACCAUAGUUUGAUCACAGUUGGAAAAAAAAAUAUUUUUUUUGAGUUAAAAUUUGUUUACUUUUUAUGUCUUUUAAAAAUAAAAGUUUAAAUAAUGUUUUUUUAUUUUUUAUUAAAGUAACUAAACAGUUGAAAGUAUUUCAUAAAAGUUCUUUGCAUGCAUUAAUUAGUAUCUUUGAUAAAAAAAAAAAAAAUCUCUGCUUUAGCUCUAUAUUUAUUGAUAAAACUUGUUGAUUAAAAAAAAAAAGAAUAACUGAAGAUUUUGAAUAUGCUUUUAGAUCAGUUUACAGUUCCACCUAAAAUGCAAAUAAAAAUUUAAAACUUAAUAGUGUAUUAAUAAUGUAUGUAUAAGAGUGAGUCUUAUUUUUUUGUUAAUGUAUAUAAAAGUUUCAUGCUUCUGCAUUAGUUAAUGUCAUUAUUUGGCAAUAUGUAUUGCAUCAGUGCCAAACAAUUUAUGAAAUAAACAUUUCUUGAUUUUUUC